AGUAUCUGGAUAUACUGAAAGCUAUCAAAUUUGCUCUUAAAGAUGCAAUGUUAGAAAAAAUAAACGAAGAAAUCACGAACUCUCAAAAGAAUCUGUUUAUCUCGUACUUUAUAUUUGUGUUUGCUUUGAUCUUAACACCGGUUCUUGUUUUCAUUCUGUACAGACUAACAGCUUCAGUACAAAAAUAUGCUUUAGAAGCUUUUAUGAAAUCAAAACAACUCAGUAAAGAAAAACAACGAUCGGAUGCUUUACUUUAUCAAAUGUUGCCAGAAACGGUUGCCAAGCAACUGAAAAUGAACAAGGCUGUGACAGCAGAGUAUUUCGAUCAAGUGACUAUAUACUUUAGUGAUAUUGUGGGUUUCACGAACCUGUCCGCCCAGAGUAGCCCUCUUCAAGUGGUGGACCUACUCAAUAAACUAUACCAAUUGUUUGACAGUUGUAUAGAUAUGUAUGAUGUAUAUAAAGUAGAGACAAUAGGGGAUGCCUAUAUGGUAGUCAGUGGUCUACCCACCAGAAACAUUGAAAAACACGCCAGUGAAAUAGCCCUACUGGCGAUUGAGUUGUUGCUUGGGGUUAGUGAUUUUAAUAUUCCACACUUACCUGAAGAAACCCUCCAGUUGCGUAUAGGUCUCCAUAGUGGUUCAGUAGUUGCUGGUGUCGUUGGUAACAAGAUGCCUAGAUAUUGUUUAUUUGGCGACACAGUAAACGUCGCUUCUAGAAUGGAAUCAUGUGGUCGGCCUAAUAAAAUUCAUAUAAGUACCUCAACACGUGAUUCGUUAGAAAGAAUUGGUGGCUUUGAGAUAGAAGUUCGAGGGCUAAUAGCUGUGAAGGGUAAAGGUGAAAUGGAGACAUAUUGGCUUGAAGGGACUUCACAUAAAGUGCCUCGGAGAACCGACCUUCUUCCACUACCAGAUUCUGCUAAAAACAAUUCUCUUCUAAAGAUAUCUGGCAACCAUAAACACAACAAAGUUAAUGGUCUAAUAAUGUUAUAGAAAACAUUUACAGGGUUGAAGGGAUUAAGAUUUGGUUAAACCUGAUAUUUUGUGUGAAUGGUUGUCUAGGACGGAAUUAAACCGAAAUGUCCGACUCUUUCUUCUGCCUGUUUUAUAGCUAUAUUUGAGGCCCUGGACCACGGGACAGUUAAUGCGAUACUGUCCAGUUUUUAGUUAGUUUUCGAACCUCGAAAGGAUCGCGGUUUUUGAUAAUUUUGAAACGAAUUCCCUUCCUGAAACAUCUUAUAUUAUUAUACUUUGAUCGAAAGGUGUUGGCUUAAUAAAUCGUAGGAAGGUUAUAAAUGUAUCGCCGUCGAAAUAUUUGAGAAAUAAAACCUCCAGAUCUUGAUAGAUUCGUAGAAAAUGACAAGAAGGGUGGGAUAGUUAUUAAACAUUCAGAUGUUGUGAACUUUUAACCAAAGUAUAAUUUAAAAUCUAAUUUGUUCGUUGAGAAUCAUAAAUAGGGUAAUAAUAUGGUUCUGUGAAAUAUAUCGUAGCACAUGUACAGUGACCUACAUGCACAUAUUAGGAUUUAUACACAAUAUAUAAAUAUACAGUUUGUAAACAGUCAUAUGCUCUAAAUGCCAUAAUUCCUGGAACUUACUCGACAAUUCAUUUACUAUAUUUAAAAGAUGCGCAUAUCGUCAAAAAUAUAUACCUCGGCUCAAUUAACGUUCAAGAUAGAUUGCAAACAAAAUACAUGUAUGAGAUAAAUGUGCUAGUCCAUUUAUGAUACUGACCUAUGAUUAUACGCUCUGAAAAUUCUGAAUAAGCGUCGAUGAUGUCAAGUGAAAAUCUCAAGCUUUUGUUACAAUUUGAGAGAUGGGAAGUAGCAUAACUGUGUAGGUAAACACCACCACUUGUAACACAAAACUGGUUAGAUGUGGAAAACCCCCUCAUCAAAAACCCCCUACAUCCAACGUGUGACGCAUACCUUCUCCUGCUACACAUUUUAUUAGCCAUGUGAUCGUCUAGUAUUGUCUCCGGUUAUAUUUGUAAUUCUCUUCUUUUGGCUAGGACUCACGUUGUGUAUUUAUUUUUAUCUCAGCCGCUAAGACCUUUGUCUACCAGGAACAACAAUGCAACAGUUAGUUUUAACAUUUUAUAUCAAGCACUGGAUACAUAGGUUACAAUCAUAGAUUACAAUAAAAGUCAUAAUCUCUCUAUCAGCCCCAACAUUUCGCAGAGCGAGUUUACUGACGGAAUGCCUACAUAAUAUGGCUCUCAUACGACCUUACGAUAUCUCCCAACGAAUCUACAUGGUAUCUCUCUCUCAAGACCCCAAUGCGUGUCUAUAGGAUCUAAAUUAGUCUUUUAACAUUGACCUUUAGACAUGAUUCUUGGUUACCAAGCCUAAUGACGCCGAGAACCAUCCUUAUAUGGACAGUGGAAACUUCCACCACGAAUGUCGGGCGUCCAGAAUUAAAUGUUUAUGAAAUUAUAGCUGAUUUUAUGUAUCAACUUAUCAAUCAUUUCAAUUUGUCUACGUGAAAUAUGCCUUGUCUAUGAAUAUGAACGCAAUAAUACUCAAGGCCAUAGGUAAACUAAAAGUCUCUAAUUAGCCUCACACUAUUAUUCAUGUAUAGCACAAAUUUUCACCAUCAACAUUACUACAGGUUUGCCGAAAUUCACAGUUUUUCUCUCGCCCAGGGGAAUCCCCCCACCCCGUCCUCUAUGUCCCAGCACUUUAGAUUCCUUAAAAAAAUUAUCACGAUAAAGCAUCUUAUCUGAUUUCUGUUUUUUAUGUACUGUUCGAUGAUAUUACUAAUGGCUUAAUCAUGUUCAGUUAUAACAUAAAAUCAAUGAAUAAAAUGUCACUUAUGAGUCAA